GUCAGACCGGAUUGAAUCCCCCUCUUUUCCAGAAGCCUCUCCUUCUCCCCCCCAACACCACAUCCUCCACACACACAUACACACACACACACACACACAUAUAGACGCACACACCCCUCCAACCUGAAAAAAAAAAUCAUCACCUCGCUUUUUGACGGCUUGCACUCUCCGAAGUCGGGGUUUCUUUUAAGUCGUGCUUGUGAUGGAAAGCAGAGAGGAGAUGGUGAUGCUGGCGGAGGGAGGUCAGCUUGGCAAGAGCGGCUCUAACGUGUCGGAAGCCGGCGGGAAGCCUGCGCGAGAUCCGCAGGGGAAGCAGAGCCACAGGAGCUGCCUGAGCCCCGGCGCGGCGCCCUACUCGCGGGACAGGACAGAGCUGGCGGCGGCGGAGCAGAGCGCGCGGAGGAGUAUGUGCGCCGACGUGAGGCCAGUUGGCACGUCCUCCUCCGGAGAGAGGCACCGGACCGACCACCCGCACAAGGACGGCAGCAGCUCGGACACAGAGUCGGACUUCUACGAAGAGAUUGAUGUGAGCUGCACGCCUGAAAGCAUGGACUACCCGACAGCCAAAGGUAGAGGUGGAGAUUCUCCCGGUCACCCGAGCGACACUGGCGCUGACCCGGGCAAGAAUAUCCCUGGUCAGGGCUCCCUGUCCUACUCAGCGGACCAGAUUCGCCGGUACCGAACGGCGUUCACCCGGGAGCAGAUCGGGCGGCUGGAGAAGGAAUUCUACCGGGAGAAUUACGUGUCCAGGCCGCGGAGAUGCGAACUGGCGGCCGCGUUGAAUCUACCCGAAACCACCAUCAAGGUGUGGUUUCAGAACCGCAGGAUGAAAGACAAGCGCCAGCGUCUGGCCAUGACGUGGCCCCACCCAGCCGACCCGGCCUUCUACACAUACAUGAUGAGCCACGCGGCGGCCACCGGCAACCUGCCCUACCCCUUCCCGUCCCACCUGCCGCUGCCGUACUACUCCCACCUGGGUGUCGGGGCGGCCUCGGCCCCGGCCGCCACCCCUUUCUCCAAUCCCCUGCGCACCCUCGACAGCUUCCGGAUGCUGUCUCACCCCUACCAGAGGCCGGAGCUCCUGUGUGCCUUCAGACACCCAUCCCUGUACCCGGGCCCGACCCACGGCCUCGGCCCCGGGGGAUCCCCCUGCUCCUGCCUGGCCUGUCACUCCAGUCAAUCCAACGGCCUCUCGACCAGGGCCCCCGGCUCGGACUUCGCCUGCUCCCCAACCAGCAGGACUGACGCGUUUGUCACUUUCACGCCCUCGGUGCUCAGCAAAUCUUCAUCUGUGACAUUAGACCAGAGGGAAGAAGUGUCUCUGACCAGAUAAAACCAAAAGACAUUAAACAAAAAAAAAAAACAACAACUCUUGUUCUAUAUGUAAGCCUUUAUCAUGAGCUUUGUUUUAAACCUAUUACAUGAUCUGGUCAGGAACGAAACAGCAUGAAGAGGUAGCCUGUAAGAAGUGACACCGUCUGAAGCUUUGGGGCAAGAUAAUUAGCCAGAUCUUCAGCUGUACGCGAGGCACAACAGAUCUUCCAUAACUAAAAAAAAUAUAUAUAUAUAUAUACAGGACAAGAAUUCCACUGCAGAGCCAGGACAGUGGGGUGAAAUAUCGCUGUGCGGACACAAAACCAGAUUUGAUUUUUAGAAGAUUAAUUUGAGAAGAGGGGAUCCGGUGAAACGUUUAAAAUCCCCGAGAUGGAUGGCGUUGGGGGGUUUUAUCAUCACUUGUGUCUUUACACGUCAAAAUCGACCUACAUGUGCCGUAAGUUACUGGAGGAAGGAUGCUUCCCAUCUCGCUUCUUCUUCUUUCUUUCUUUUUUUUUUUUUUU